AUGGAAACAUCUCAACAUGAAAUAUACAGAGGACGUCUGGAUAACCUACCUGAUAAUACUUCUAAUGUUCUCAGGAUUUUCCUUAGCUCAACAUUUACAGAUACAGUAGCUGAAAGAAAUAUAUUGUUAGAAAAAGCCUAUCCAGAACUUAGACAGUUUUGCGCAGAAAAUGGACUCGAUUUCCAAGUGGUUGACAUGCGAUGGGGCGUUCGAGAUGUGAUGACGUCAGAUCAUCACACAACAGAACUGUGCCUCAAGGAGAUACACAACUGCCAAAGACUUUCAGUUGGACCAAACUUCUGUGUACUUCUUGGUGGACGAUAUGGGACUCGACCUCUCCCAGCAAAAAUCGAUGCUCUUCUCAUGCAAACCGUUGAAAAAUUUGCUAAAGAAGAGAACUUCAACCUGUCUGUCGUUAAAGAAUGGUAUAAACUUGACACCAACGCUGUUCCAUCAGAAUAUAUUCUUCAGCCAAUCACAGAGAAGUUCCCAUUUUACAUCGAUGAUGAUCCAGAGAAUGAGGAACAUCGGAGAAAGGCCAAAAGUGAUUGGUGGAAAGUUGAGUGUGAUAUCAACGCCAUCUUUCGUACAGCAUCUGCAAUUGCUCUCAAAAGAAAAUUCAUGACGUUUGAAAACUGGCAGAUUUUCAAUAUAUCAGUAACAGAAGAAGAAAUCAAAAGAGGACUGGUCAAUUCUACUGCACCAGCAAAGGACAAAUGUAUUGUCAUAAACAGAACCAUUGAUAAUGUUGACUUUAAAGAUCCAAAAGCAUACAGAUAUGUUGAUAUGAAUGACAAAAAAGAUGCAAUUAAUGAGAAGACGGCCGAACUUUUGGCAAACCUAAAAGAGAACGUUAUUCCAAAAGGAAUUCCUGAAACAGAGAUACAAAAAUACCAACUACAAUGGGAAGCAAAUGGUAUAAACCCAGCCAUUGAAGCUCACGAAACUUAUCUGGAGGAUUUCAAUCAAUAUUUCGUUUCAAAGAUAAAAACUAUGACAUUGACUGCUCUCGAGAAAAGGAACGCUAGAACUUCAAAUUGGUUAUUUGCAGAAGUUCUACAACACCUCAAUAUGUGUGCUAGAAGAAGUAAAUCAUACAAUUGUAGGAAAGGAUAUCAAGAACGCGUGGAUGAAUACCUGGGUGAUGACAGCAACAUGGCUCCACUGGUAAUACAUGGAGUCUCUGGUAUCGGAAAGACGUCAUUCAUGGCCAAGAUUACUCGUAAUGCAAUAGAGAAACUCGGUACAAAUGCUGUUGUUAUUGUACGUUUUCUAGGUACAUCACCAAAGAGUUCCCUUAUCACUGAUACACUCCAGACAUUGUGCCUACAGAUUUGUAAAGCAUUUGAUUGCGAUCCACCUCCAAGUUCAUUAAGUGACAUCAAUACAGUCGUAUCAUUCUUCCAGGAGCUCAUUACACAAGUAUCUAAAGAUGGCCACCAAUUGGUUAUUUGUCUAGAUUCGUUAGACCAACUGUCUCCAAUAGAUGGAGCAUAUGACUUAAGCUGGCUUCCAUUUGAGUUACCAAAAGGUAUCAAAAUAAUCACCAGUUUGCUUACAGACUAUGCAGGUAUACUUAAGCGCUGUGAGCGAUGCAUAGAAAACACUGACAAUAUUCUACAACUAGGUCCACUCUCAGAUGAUGAAAGUAAAGAGAUCAUUAAAACUUCAUUAGAAAAUGUCAAUCGAACAAUAACCGAAGACCAAAUGACAAUUUUAGAAAACGUGUUCAAAUAUUGCAAUAGUCCUUUAUUUCUGAAGCUAGUUUUUGAAGAAGCAAAAACAUGGAGAUCCUAUUCUGCCUUAGAUGAUAUCAGAUUGGGAAACACCAUACAAGAAGGGAUAACAGUGCUUUUCGAGCGUCUACAUAAGAAACACGGACAGUUGUUCUGCAAUGCAAUGUCAUACAUCACCGCAUCCAAGAAUGGUGUCACAGAUCUUGAAAUGGAGAACUUGCUGUCAAGUAGUAAUGAAGUACUAGAUGAUGUCUACCAGUAUUUCUCUCCACCUGUUAAACACCUAGUGAGGAUACCUCCAUUACUGUGGACCAGACUCAGACAGGACAUCGAUGAGUAUCUUACAGAGAGGCAGGCCGAUGGAAAGACAGUGUUAGCCCUAUACCAUAGGCAGUUUAUCGAGGUUGCAAAAAAGCUAUAUCUCAGUGAUAGUGUGAAGAAAAACGUUCAUUCAGAACUUGCAGACAUGUUCCUGGGAGUUUGGAGCAAUGGGAAGAAGAAAGAACUCUAUCUAACUAAGAGAAAAGAAACUCUCCUCGCAGAUAGGAAAGUGGAACAUCAACCAUUGUGUUAUGAAGGUGGCUAUUACAAUAUGAGAAAACUCAAUGAGCUUCCGUUUCAUCUCCUGCAAUCCGGUCGUCACGAGGAGCUGAUCGAUGUUUGUUUUGGCAACUUUGAUUGGAUUAAUACAAAAGUAAAGGCGACCAAUAUUCUAGCUGUUAUCCGGGACAUCGACAUGGCUAUUGCAGAGACGCCAGAGGAGGAGCUGAUAAUUCUGAGAGACACCCUAAGGCUUAUAAAACCAACAGUGGAAUUCCACCCUGAUAAUCCCCUUGCACCUGAAAUCAUAGGGCGCCUUCUGAUUAAGGUUGACGAAUAUCCACACUUAAUUGGACAGCUGGUAUCUCAGGCUAUACAAUGGUGUGAAAAGGCAAAGCAGGAUUUACUCAUUCCAACAGUUCCAUGUUUUAUAUCACCUGGUGGAUUUCUACGAACUACAUUGGUGGGCCACCAACAAGGUGUAAACGAUGCUGUUAUAAAUGAGGAUUGCUCGCUCCUCGUGACUGCAAGUUCUGACCGCACAGCGAAGCUCUGGGACCUCAAAGAUGAUAUCGUCAUACAGAGUCUAUUUCAUCCAGAUUCUGUUGAGAGUUGUGUACUACUAAGCGACAAGAAAAUCAUCGUGACAUUUAGUAAUCUCCAAAUGUUCAUCUGGGACACUACCACAUGGAAACUAAAAGACAAACUGCUACUUGGAAAACCAGACAACGGAAGAGAAAUGACGUUCACAACUGAAACGCCAGAUAAGGUUUUGACCACAAAACCAAAAAUGCUUGCUCUCACCAACGGAAAUAUUAUCUGCCCUGUUGGUGGAACAUUAAAUGUGGUGGAUAUAUCAGAAGGGGAAGUUAUUGAUGAAAUCCAAGGUGGCGAUCUUCUUAUUUCAUGCAUAUGUAUCAGCCAUGGUACAGUUUUAAUAGCAGGGUACGACAAUGGGUGUGUAAGGUAUAUUGACACUUCUAAUAAUGGAGAAGAUGAAACGUAUUCACUUCACAAAGAUGAAAUAACUGGUUUGGCUACAACUGCAAACUCUGGCACUGUAGCAAGUGUAUCAUUUGAUGGCUCUAUCGUUGUAUAUGACAUCACAGUAAGAAAGGUCAUUCAACAUAUAAAUCCUAAUAAAUCAAAGCCUCUGUUUUCGGUGGCUUUAUCACCAGAUGAAGAACUAGUUGCUGUGGGUUCAAUCAAUGAUAUCAGAGUCUGGACAACAACAUCUGGACAGAUGCUGCACAUGUUUCUAGGACAUUCAGGAGUUGUCAAUUCGGUUUAUUUUGCUGGAUAUAAUGGCGAAUCUCGAGCCACUGGACCCACUUUGCUAUCUGCCGCAAGUGACUGUACAGUUAAAGUCUGGGAUCUUGAGAACAGUGAGCUAAAGUCCACGUAUACAGGUAUGGCUGGAAACAUCACAAAGCUUAUGGUAAAUGAUGCAAAUGAAACAGCCGUGUCUGUAUCCAAUGAGUCUCCGUAUGUAAAGAUAUGGCACCUGAACCCAGAUUUGAAGGAUGUUGUUCCCGAGUUCCAAAAUGACACUGAAAUUACGCCUGUUAUAUUCCCCGAUGGUAAACAUGUGGUUACCUUAGACGCAGACUAUGUAUCGUUUAUGGUGUUUGACAUGACAUCUGGAGAAAAGGUUUACUCCACACUUGCACACGAUGCUCCAAUCACAAGCAUGGUGAACACACCGAGUGGAAAUCACAUGAUCACCGGAGGGAUCGAUCAUACUGCUCGUGUGUGGCAAAUGGAUCAGGGCCGUUUUCAGCUUUCAUCACUAUUUGAGUUCGAGUCAGCAGUGAAGCUUAUAGCUACACACCCCGAUAGGAAACUAUUCGUCGUGGCUCUGAAUGAAAAUCAGAUUAAGCUUUGUCGACUGGAGAUAUACGAGUGCGAUGAUGUUGAAGUUGAUUUAAGAGAUGGUGAUAUAACUUCAAUAGUCAUGAGUGAUGAGCUCAUACUCUAUGGCACAGACACGGGCAAAAUAUACGCCUGGAAUUUUGACUUUAUGUCCUGUUUGACGUAUGUAUUUCAGAAACAUAGCACACCGGUGACAUUGCUCAGGGUACAUAAUAACUUAAUGGCGUCAGUAGCGAAAAAUGACAAAUGUAUUCAAGUUUGGGAUGUCGCUACCGGGAGAAAGGUACAUCAGUUAGAAGUGACAAACAAGGCCAAUGACAAACUACACUGUACGAUAACAGUAAUGUCAUUUCUACACAAUGGUAAAAUACUUGGAAUAGGUUGUCACGAGAGAUCUGUUUAUUUAUACGAUGUAGCCCAAGGUAGAAGCCUUUUGCCUGAUGGCCAGUACGUUUACUCUCCAGUUACAACCAUUUGCUCCAGUCAAGAUCAAAUGAACAUUCUGUUGACAACGAAAAACGGGUUUCUCAGCUCAUACAAAAUCCACCUUGUCACUGAUAUCACUUCAAAGAAGAAGCAAACCAGUCUGCUUGACCAAGCUCCACCACAAGGAAUCAGUCGAAAGAAACUCGUACAGUAUGAUGCCAAAAAUGUUAGCAAAAUAAGAUUUGUUGAGAGUGCACGUUGGGUCGGACAUGGAAACAACAAUCCAAGAGCAAGUACUCAAAGAGUGCCAAAUAAGGAACUUUAUAAAAGAGCACAGGUUAUACAACAGGCAAAGUUUAAGGACUCUUCCAAAACCUGCUCAGUAAUGUAGAUUUGGUUGUAGUUUAAUCGUUUUAUUUUUGAAAAGAUGUUAUGAAUGCAUAUUACGAAUGUUAAGUGGCAAAAAUAUUUUUAAAACCUUCGAAAUAUAUUUUUAUUAUGAAGUCUUAUAUAACGCGAUAAUGUAUGUCUGCUUUCAAUUAAAUUGAAAUAUGAUCUUAUUGAUGUUCGAUAGGCAGGGUUUGUGAAACGGAUCUAUUUGUCACGUUGCAUGCAUUGAUCAAUUAUUGUAAAUUAUUCAUACUGAAUACAUUAAACCCAUAAACAAAUGGAAAUAGAUUGCCAAUCAUGACUUUGAUUUUCAUCAAUCUUGGCAUUGUCCUUUACUCUUUCUCCGUUACAAAGAAACGACGAAAGCAUAAACAUGAUUUUAUCACCUGGGUCCUGAGUUAAUUGUAAAUGUGUUAAUAUUAAUAAUAGGAUUGUAUUAGUACUGAUGCCCUUUUAGGGCCAAACGUACAUCCGAUAUACAAUUUUCAAUAACAGUAAAUAUAGCAAUAAAGUAAAGAAAAUAGGAUUACAUUUUUCAAAAAGACUGAAGUGUUAUGAUUCUUUUCUAUUCAAAAGGCCCAUUUUUAUGAAAAUAAUUUUAGAUAAUUUGGCUACAAUAUUGGGCACCCUGAUAUAUUUUGCUAAUAAAUGAGUAAACGCAGGUCAAAAGAAUGAUGCAUGAAUUAACUUUGGCCUUAAAUGAGAGGGUAGUUAAAAAACGCCACCUUUAAUAUAAGGGUAGGUACCAAGCACAGUAAUAUGUUUUGUUUAUAUUUGCAAGGAAAACUUAUUAAGCCAUAAGCCAUGGCUCAUUUGAAAGGCUCUAUGUGCUUUUUUAAGAUCAACAAAAAAUCAAAAUGUUUAAAAAGUCUGUGAUUAGACCCAUUUUCCCGUGCCCUAGCUCAUUUAAGUUGAAGUGCCAAUAACACCCCGGGUGAUCAAUAUCCUGGGUUUAGAAUUUCGUUCGAGCAAGUAAGUGUCCCGAAAUGUGUUUUUGAUGGAUCCCGAUAAAUAUGGCGGCUAGUUUGACAGUAGAAGAGCCAGGUGUGGAAAAAACAUUACUAUAUGC